AUGUGUAUUGCCCUGCUUACGACUGCCCAUCCCGACUAUCCGUUCAUUUUGUUGAACAACCGCGAUGAAUUCUUGACUCGUCCGACUGCGAAAGCCGCUUUCUGGCCUUCUCCUAAUGAUCAUGUCCUUGGAGGUCGUGACUUGCAACGCCCUGAGCAAGGCACAUGGCUAGGCCUCACCAAGCAGGGUCGUCUGGCUUGUCUUACCAAUUACCGCGAGUCUGGCGCACAGAUAUAUGGCACAAAGUCGCGAGGAGGUCUGCCUAAAGCCUUCCUAUCAUUGCCUCCGCAAAGUACCCAGUCUUCACAGGAGUUUGCACGACACAUGGUUGAAGAUGUUGGUGUAAGUGAUGUCGGCGGCUUCAGUCUCGUCUUUGGUAGGUUGAGUAAGAGGAAUAUCGGUGCAAAGAAUGGAGAAGGGCUUGCAAUCAUCUCGAAUCGCACCGAAGAUGCAUCGGCGACUACCUGGGUCUGUGGAAAGCCUGGCGAGGUUCAGGGCCUUAGCAAUUCGCAUUUCGGUGACAGAACAUGGCCCAAGGUCGUUGAAGGAGAGAAGCGAUUAGAGACCGCAGUUCAGGAGCAUGUUGCGGCUGGCUCGAGCAAAGAAGAUCUGCUCAAUUCCUUCUUUGAUAUCCUGAGCACAGAUACUCUACCUCGUCGCAAGCACGGCCAAGACUGGGAGACAUACGUCUAUCAACUACGCAACAGCAUCUUCAUCCCACGGAUAGGAGGCGAAGAAGUAGAGCAUUCUUCGGCCGAUAAAAUUGCUGCUGCCGAUGUAGGUCACAACGCAAAGACUGAUACCGGGGUUUACGGCACCCAGAAGCAGACAAUUAUUCUCGUCGAUCACGAUGGGAAGGUCACUUAUGUUGAGAAAACACUGUAUGACGAAAAUGGACAUCCAACAGACAACGACAUUCAGCGGCAUGAGUUUGAGAUUGAAGGUUGGAAUGACUGA